GAUAUUACUUGGGCAAAGAUACCGAAAGCACCAAGGACUUUGCGAGCGUGGAGGGGGGCGAGGGCGCAGCUGAAGUCUGAGCGCGACCUUUGCACCGACGCGGGCACCGCUGAGCCCGAAACCUCCGGCAAAGUUACCGAGGCCAUCAUGGACCCGACGACUGAGGUGCACAGGGUGCACAUGCUGACGCACGAGCUGCACCUGGACACCUUGGACGAUGAGGGCAGGACGAAGGCCGUCGGCGAGUUGCUGAG